CCCCGACGGGUCCUGAUUCACGUGCGUCAGAGGCAACACGUUUCGAGGAUACACAGCGCUUUACUCAGACGCGCAGAGGAGUUCUGCUUUAUCCGAGUUGUGCAUUUUUGUAAUUUGCCUGUGUCCACAACGUUGUUCCGCAGACUUUUCUCCCGGGUCGUCUGCUAUUCCGGCAUGGGGAAGCGAAGCAGGCAGAGGCAGAAAGACCAGACUGCUGGGAGGGACAGCAGAGACAACGCUGGCUGGGGAGCUGGCUAUGCUGAUAUUGUAAAGGAGAAUAAGCUGUUCGAGGACUACUACAAGGAGCAAGGCCUGGUGCCUGAGGGGGAGUUCGAACAGUUUAUGGAUGCAAUGAGGGAGCCACUGCCGGCAACCAUCCGCAUCACUGGAUACAAGAGCCAUGCCAAGGAGAUCCUACACUGUCUAAAGGAAAAAUACUUCAAAGAUAUUCAGGAGCUGGAGAUUGACGGCCAGAAGAUUGAGGCUCCUCAGGCUCUGACCUGGUAUCCAGAUGAGCAGGCCUGGCACACUAACAUGAGUAGGAAGAUAAUUAGGAAGUCUCCCCUGCUUGAAAAGUUCCACCAGUUCCUAGUUAGCGAGACUGAGUCUGGUAACAUCAGCCGACAGGAAGCCGUCAGCAUGAUCCCUCCGCUUCUCUUAAAGAUUGAGCCCCACCAUAAGAUCUUGGACAUGUGUGCUGCUCCAGGGUCCAAAACAGCCCAACUGAUUGAAAUGCUACACUCUGACAUGGAUGUUCCUUUUCCAGAGGGCUUUGUGAUUGCUAACGACGUGGACAACAAGCGUUGCUACCUGCUCGUUCACCAGGCGAAGCGCCUUAACAGCCCCUGCAUUAUGGUGGUCAACCACGAUGCCUCCUGCAUCCCCACGUUGCAGGUCGAGUCCAACGGCAAGAAGGACAUCCUGUUUUAUGACCGAAUCCUGUGUGACGUGCCCUGCAGCGGGGACGGCACCAUGAGGAAGAACAUAGACGUAUGGAAGAAAUGGACGACCAGCAACAGCCUGCACCUCCAUGGGCUCCAGCUGAGGAUAGCAGUGCGAGGGGUUGAACAGCUGGCAGUGGGAGGGAGGAUGGUCUACUCCACCUGUUCACUCAACCCAAUAGAGGACGAGGCUGUCAUUGCAGCACUGCUGGAGAAGAGCGAAGGAGCCCUGGAGCUGGCCGACAGUUCAGCUGACCUGCCAGGGCUGAAGUGGAUGCCCGGCGUCACUUCCUGGAAGCUGAUGACCAAAGAGGGCCAGUGGUACUCGGACUGGUCCGAGGUUCCAAGGAGCCGCCACACGCAGAUCCGCCCCACCAUGUUCCCACCUAAAGACCCAGAGAAACUAGCUAGUCUGCAUCUGGAGAUGUGUAUGAGGAUUCUGCCACAUCACCAGAAUACCGGCGGCUUUUUUGUGGCUGUGUUGGUGAAGAAAGCCCCAAUGCCCUGGAACAAGAGAUAUCCUAAGCUGAGGAAGGAAACCUCCUCCAGCGCAGCACCACAGUCCAGCUCCACGGUGGCCUCGACCCCCACACACCCUGCCAGCAACCCAGAAGCUGCCGUGGAGGAGCCGAAGGGAGGAGACCCAGCAGAUGAAGUAGACGAGGAAGCAGCUGAGGAAGCACCCAAAGGAGCCGCCUUGGCUCAGGAGGCUGCUGCUGCUGCACCAGAGGGGGUGUGUGGGCCUCCUCCUUUUAAGAAGAUGAGGCUGUUUGGUUACAAAGAAGACCCCUUUGUGUUUCUAACCGCAGACGACCCCGUGUUUACAACCAUACAAUCCUUUUAUGAUCUGACCCCUGACUUCCCCAAGCUUAACGUUCUGACCCGGACCCACGAGGGCAAGAAAAGACACUUGUACAUGGUGUCCAAAGAGCUCCGCAAUGUGCUGCUUAAUAACAGCGAACGCAUGAAGGUCAUUAACACGGGCGUGAAGGUGUGGUCACGCAACAAUGACGGGGAUGAGUUUGGCUGCGCUUUCAGGCUGGCUCAGGAGGGUAUCUACACUCUUCAGCCAUAUAUUCGCUCCAGGAUUAUCAGUGUGAGUGUGGAGGACAUCAAAGUACUGCUGACCCAGGAGAACCCCUUCCUCAGUAAACUAGAGGAAGACUCACACGCUCAGGCCAAGAAACUGGGAAUGGGUAGCAUCGUGUUGAAGUACAUUCCCAACCCCAAUAACCCCGCAGAGCCUCAGUGUCCCAUCCAGCUGUGCGGCUGGAGGGGGAAGACGUCCAUCCGAGCCUUCGUGCCUCGCAACGAGCGGUUCCAUUACCUCAGAAUGCUGGGCGUGGAGGUCUUCAGAGACAAACAGGGCCUGGGGCAGAAACGGGGGGACGGAGAAAAGGAGGGAAGGGAAGCAGAGGAGCAGAUGGAAAAGGAUACGGAGGACGACGGGCCAGCGGAGAAUGCAGGAGAGCGAGACUUGGAGAAUGGCGACGAGAACGGGUCGUCAGAACCAAAGAUGGACACUGGUAAAGAGGGGACUAGCAGCUGAGAGGAAGAAACGGGAGCACGGACUGACGACCAGCAACGGAGCAGCUCCAAGAGCUGCAGGUCGGGUCGCCUUCAGACCACAUAAUGUGGAGAAGCUUUCUACAGGUUCUGUCUCCAUCACGCUGCCACUGCUGGAGGAGUCGCUCCUAAAAAAGGCUGCCUUUAGGUUGUUUUUUUUAUUUAGUUUUUUAGCUGACACCUGAUGUAGUCGGCUUUUUAUGUUUUAGCAAAUUUACUUCACUGGCCUAGUGGGAUUUACUGAUGUUCAUGUUAACUGCCAUAUCUUUUCUACACCUGUAACUGAAAGGAAAUAGUUCAUAAGUUAAAUGCAUUAAAUGCUGUGUGUCACCAGUCAAA